GUGGCUCAACGCAGAAGGACCCUGGUUUGAAGGGGUCUCACAGCAUCACUUCCCCAUCAGGGAUGUUUGAGGCUAACACUUGAGCAGCCCCAGCACUAAAAGGGCCAUUUGUGGUACUGCUCAGAGGAUAACACGUGUCUGAUCUUAGGGCUGCACUUGGGGCUGUGGGUUGCUGAUGUUCUCCAGGUGUGUCCUCAGGAGUGUCUGGCCUCACAGACCUCAUGUACUGCUGCUUGUGGAAAACCCCCUCCUGUGCUGUCCCCUUCCUGCAGAUCCAUCAGCUCCCUGAUCCUGUGAGGAUGGGAAUGGGGCAGGUGAUGCUCGUGCUGUUGGCUGUCUGCACGGUGGUACCUGCUAGGGACUCGCUGCUGAACAUCUGCAUGGAUGCCAAGCACCACAAAACCAAGCCUGGCCCCGAGGGGAUGCUCUAUGACCAGUGUGCUCCCUGGAAGGACAACGCCUGCUGCACGGCCAACACCAGCUUGGAGGCCCACAGGGACCAAUCCAACCUGUACAACUUCAACUGGAACCACUGCGGGGUGAUGCCCCGCAAGUGCAAGCACCACUUCAUCCAGGACACGUGCUUGUACGAGUGCUCCCCUAACCUGGGGCCCUGGAUUGACCAGGCCGACAGCAGCUGGCGUCGGGAGAGGAUCCUGCACGUGCCCCUGUGCCGGGAGGACUGCGAGCAGUGGUGGGAGGACUGCAAGGACUACGUCACGUGCAAGGAGAACUGGCACAAGGGCUGGAACUGGGCUACAGGCACGAACCGCUGUCCUUGGGGCUCCAUGUGCAGACCCUUCAGCCAAGUCUUCCCCCGGCCAAAAGACCUGUGUGAGAAAAUCUGGUCCAACUCCUACAGAUACACCACGGAACAGCGGGGCAGUGGGCGCUGCAUCCAGAUGUGGUUUGACCCUGCCCAGGGGAACCCCAAUGUGGUUGUGGCCAAGUACUAUGCAUGGAAAAAGAGAUCUUCUUGGGUGGAGACUGAGCCUCCUGAGACCAGCGGAGCUGAGUGUGCUCUGCCAUGGCCUGUUCUCGUUCUGCUGCCUCUGGCUAUCGUGGUGCUCCUUGACGGAGCUGGGGGCUGUGGAUCCCAUGGGUGGGGGUCCCUAUGACUCCUUCCUGAGGGACGUGGCUUGUGCUGCUGCUGCCGCCCUGCAAGAGGAGCCAGCACAGGGAACUGCACAGCACUUGGGUCUGUCCAAGCUGGUCACACACCUCAGUAAGUGCUUCCAUGAGUUGUGUUAUUGGACCUUUAUCUGCUUUCAGCUGCUGACCACAGCAGCGAUUUCCUCACCAUCCUAGGCAAGGUGAUGCUGUCGUUGCUUGAUGGAGGAGGUCCUUCCCAUCUGUGCUUCUUCAAGGUCCUCAGCUGAGCUCUGAGGUCUGGUCCUUCACCCUGCUCUGGCUCCCUCAGCGGUGGGGAUGGCAAUAAAACAUUCUCCUGAACCAGC